AGCAACUAAUAGUAUCUUUUGUCUCUGCCGAGAGGCCUACAGGUUCUCGUUGCCUCAUAACCAUGGCACCGAAGACUGUCUCGACACCUUCUUCUACCCCUGCUUUGAAGAAAUCCUCUUCUUCGGGUGGACAGAAGACUCUCUUGGGCUUCUUCCAGAAGACGCCCUCGACCGCCUCGCCAGCCCGAUUGCCUUCUCGAUCAGCAGUUGAGACGCCUGUUCCAUCGAAGGCUCGCACCAAAUCUGUUGGCACGUCUUCAAGUUCCCUGACUCCUGUUCCUAGCAGUGAUGCAUUGGAACCGGAAGAUGAGGACAAUAUCCCCAAGGCGAGCCUUCCUCCUUCCAAAGGUCUGCCAUCGCCAGUCUCAGCUGACGAUGAGCAGACUAAUGGCAGGGAGGAGCUGACAGCCUCCGGGACACCUUCACGAAGGGCCAAAACCAAGAAGAUCAACUAUCUCGAGUCCGAUAGCGAAGGCACUGAUGGUGACGACGUUUUCAAGCCCACCCCUGGUCGCCGCUCUCGACCUACAAAACGCAGACGUGUGUCCGAUAGUGCGGACGAGGACGUCUACGAACAGGAGAAUGAGGCGGAGCCGGAAGAUGAAAUGGAUGACUUCAUUGUUCCCGAUGACUCUGAAGAUGAAGUACGCCGGCCUGCUAAGCGCAAGCGGGCGUCCAAAAACACUUCCCGAACUGCGUCGUCUCAUGCCACUCCUGCAGCGCCUCAAGUCGAGGUCGGUGCCGACCUGGAGGUUCCUGAGGGCACUUCGACUGCUCAGCAGUGGACGUACGAUCCCGAAAACCCUCAGCCUUUGCAACCACGACCUACCAACAUUCCAUCCAAGCAGCCGAGCGGAAAGAAACAGAAAGCCCACAUGACCGAGCCAGAAAAACGCCACGCGUGGCUCGAGGAUAUCAGAGAUAUGGACCGUAAUCCACCUGGCCAUCCUGACUACGACCCACGCACCCUGUACAUUCCACCUAUGGCGUGGACGAAAUUCUCUCCGUUCGAGAAGCAGUACUGGGAAAUCAAGCAGAAGUUCUGGGACACGAUUGUAUUUUUCAAGAAAGGCAAAUUCUAUGAACUCUAUGAGAACGAUGCGACGAUUGGUCAUCAAUUGUUCGAUCUGAAGUUGACCGACCGUGUAAACAUGAGAAUGGUGGGCGUUCCAGAGUCGAGUUUGGAACUCUGGGCAAAUCAAUUCGUUGCAAAGGGGUUCAAGAUUGCUCGAGUUGACCAGCAAGAGACUGCUCUGGGUAAAGACAUGCGUGAGCGGGAGGAAAAGUCCAGUGGAUUUGCCGGCAAGAAGAGCAAAGAAGACAAAGUCAUCAAAAGAGAACUGGCCUGUGUGCUAACAGCUGGCACAUUGGUCGACGGCGCAAUGCUCCAGGACGACAUGUCGACGUAUUGCGUGGCAAUCAAGGAAUCCGAGGUCGAUGACAUGCCUGCGUUUGGUGUGGCGUUUGUCGACACCGCCACUGGUCAAUUCAAUAUAUCAGAGUUUGUCGACGAUGCAGAUCUGACCAAGUUUGAGACAUUCAUUGCUCAGACAAGACCCCAAGAGAUUCUGCUCGAAAAGGGUGGUGUGACAACGAAGACGUUGCGCAUACUUAAGAACAACACCAGCCCAACGACUAUCUGGAACUACUUGAAACCUGGCAAAGAAUUCUGGGAAGGUCAUAUCACUGCCAAAGAGAUCGAAGCCGAGAGCUACUUCCCCAAUGAGUGGCCUGAACUACUGCAACAGGUGAAAGAAAAGGAGCUCCUCAUGUCUGCCCUCGGUGCUUUGAUCCAGUAUCUGCGAUCUUUGAAGAUCGAGCGAGAGCUCGUGACAAUUGGUAACUUUACAUGGUACGAUCCCAUCCGCAAAGCGACGAGCCUGGUCCUUGAUGGUCAGACCUUGAUCAAUCUGGAAGUCUUUGCCAACUCCUAUGACGGUGGAAGCGAGGGCACGCUCUUCCAGCUCCUCAACCGCUGUAUUACGCCAUUCGGCAAACGCUUAUUCAAACAAUGGGUGUGUCAUCCACUCAUGGACACGAAAAAGAUCAAUGCACGCCUGGACGCCGUUGACUCGCUCAACGCUGAUGUCAAAGUCCGGGACCGUUUCACUUCGCAAAUGACAAAAAUGCCCGAUCUUGAGAGGUUGAUAUCUCGUGUACACGCCGGAACCUGCAAAGUUCAAGACUUCGUCAGAGUCCUUGAAGGGUUCGAGCAGAUUGACCACACCAUAUCCUUGUUGCGCGAUGGUACAGGGCAAGCAUCACACGGCGAAGGUGUCAUCGGCCAACUCAUCUCGGCCAUGCCGGAUCUCCAGCCCCGUCUCAAAUAUUGGCACGAUGCAUUUGACCGCGUCAAGGCAAAGGAAUCUGGCAUCCUGGUGCCCGAGCGCGGGAUCGAAGAAGAGUUCGACAAGUCGCAGGACACCAUUGAUGCCAUCAAUAGGAAAUUUGAUGACCUUCUCCGCAAAUGGCGUUCAGCGCUCAAGUCUAAUGCCAUUUGCUACCGCGACAACGGCAAGGAAAUAAUGCAAAUGGAAGUGCCUGCUCGCACCGCUGUGCCCACCGGUUGGGAUCAAAUGUCGGCCACCUCGAGCGUGAAACGAUACUACUUUCCUGAACUACGGACCCUGGUGCGGAAUCUGCAAGAAGCACAAGAAACACACUCCCAGAUCGUCAAGGAUGUAUCCCGCAAACUUUACGCCAAGUUCGACGAAAACUACGAUAUAUGGCUCGCGGCGGUCAAGAUCAUCGCGCAACUGGACUGUUUGAUCUCCCUUGCGAAGGCGAGCACGUCUUUGGGACACCCGAGCUGUCGCCCUGAAUUCGUCGACCCGUCUGACAAUGAUGACGGGGGCCGGUCGACGUUGGAACUCGUUGAUCUGCGGCAUCCGUGCCUUUUGAGCAGAGUCGACGACUUCAUUCCCAACGACAUCGUGUUGGGAGGCGGCUCCCCAAACCUCACCCUCCUGACAGGUGCGAAUGCAGCAGGUAAAUCCACCGUCCUUCGAAUGACCUGUAUCGCGGUAAUCAUGGCUCAAAUCGGCUGCUACCUCCCCUGUGCGUCGGCUCGUCUCACCCCGUUUGACCGAAUCAUGUCCCGCCUAGGGGCUCAGGACCAUAUUUUUGCCGCACAAUCAACUUUUUUCGUGGAGCUGGCAGAGACAAAGAAAAUUCUCAGCGAAGCUACACCACGCAGCCUUGUCAUCUUGGAUGAGUUGGGAAGAGGUACGUCUUCACACGACGGUGUGGCAGUCGCACAGGCUGUGCUGCAUCACCUCGCUACACAUGUGGGCUGCUUGGGUUUCUUUGCCACCCAUUAUCACUCGCUCUCUUCGGAGUUUGCGCAUCAUCCAGAAAUAGCGCCCAAGAGGAUGAAGAUUCUUGUGGAUGACGCUGAUCGACGGGUGACUUUCCUCUACAAGUUGGAGGAGGGCACCGCCGAGGGAUCUUUCGGUAUGCACUGCGCCAGCAUGUGUGGAAUCUCGAACCAGAUCAUUGAACGGGCGGAAGAAGCGGCCAAGGAAUGGGAGAUUUCGAACCUCAUGGCGCGAAAGCAGAGGGUCAAGAGCGUUCAUGGUGGCAAGACCCAUGCAAAGGAUGGGAGCGAGAAGGACGAAGAGAAGGAGGUGCCGUUGGGCAUCUUGAGCGAUCUUGCACGCAUCCUGAAGGGAGAAGAGGUGCAAGACCGCGGACUCGACGUGCUGGUCAAGUGCAUUGAGGCUUUGUGAGCGCCGGCUUGGGCUUGCGUCUGUGUUGAGCGAUGUCUGAGCCCGACUGUCUGUUUUGCGGACUUAUGGCUGGUUUCAUCCCCGCUGAUUUUCCUUGUCCCGGAUGCUGGUGUGUGCUAGGGUUCAUGGAGUAAUGGAAUCUUAUCUCGAUGGACGGAGGUAGGUUUGUUCGGUGCUCAAAGCGAAAAGAUAAAAGAAGAAGAAAAGAGAGAUCUGACCUGACUUGUUUUGACACCUUUGCUGGUUGCAUGGACGCGUCAGCUGUAUAUUACUACACCGGUCCUCGGUACAUAGGACAUAGGAGAAGAGCUUUCGAAAGGCUACAGAUUCUUUGAGGCGUCGGCGAAAGUUUCCUUUGCUUCCAUCUCACCACACCACAGCUUCCUACCCCAGGCAGGAGGUGUGGAGCUGCCAGACUGUUGUUUUCGAG